UGCAGCGCGCACGUCCAGGAAGAAGGUUCUCCAACCCGAGAGCGCACCGGCCGCGCCUCCCUCCCCUUUCCCGCGGCCGCCGCCGCCUCCUCCUUUUCCUCCUUCCCUUCUUCCGGCCACUGAAGGCUCCAUCAGCCGGCUGUUGGUUCACGAGACGUUGUUGAGUGCCCCGUGUCCUCUUCUGGGUGGAGAGAACGCAAUGUCUGGUGGGGAACGGGAACCACGGAGCUACUAUGUGGGCGUGGACGUCGGAACAGGCAGUGUCCGUGCAGCUCUGGUGGACCAGAGGGGGGUCCUUUUGGCUUUUGCGGACCAGCCAAUUGAGAAGUGGGAGCCUCAGUUCAACCACCACGAACAGUCCUCUGAGGAUAUCUGGGCCGCGUGCUGUGUUGUCACAAAGAAAGUUGUACAAGGGAUCGAUUUAAACCAAAUUCGAGGACUUGGGUUUGAUGCCACGUGUUCUCUGGUUGUUUUGGAUAAGCAGUUUCGUCCUUUACCAGUAAACCAUGAAGGGGAUUCCCGUCGAAAUAUCAUCAUGUGGCUGGACCACCGAGCAGUCAGUCAGGUCCAAAGAAUCAAUGAAACCAAGCACAGCGUCCUCCAGUACGUUGGGGGGUUGAUGUCUGUGGAAAUGCAGGCCCCAAAGCUUCUGUGGCUGAAAGAGAACUUGAGAGAGACUUGCUGGGAUAAGGCGGGGCAUUUCUUUGAUCUCCCAGACUUCUUAUCGUGGAAGGCAACAGGUGUCACAGCCCGGUCUCUCUGUUCCCUGGUGUGCAAAUGGACAUAUUUGGCAGAGAAAGGCUGGGAUGACACUUUCUGGAAGAUGGUUGGUUUGGAAGACUUUGUUGCAGAUAAUUACAGCAAAAUAGGAAACCAAGUUCUGUCUCCUGGAGCUUCUCUCGGAAAUGGGCUCACACCAGAGGCAGCGAAAGACCUUGGCCUUCGUGCUGGGAUUGCUGUGGCAGCCUCGCUCAUUGAUGCUCAUGCAGGAGGACUAGGCUUCAAGUCUUCCUCAGAGAGCUGCACUUCUCUGGACUGUAAAUGGCUGGCCUUAGCUGGGAGACCAGUCUUCUGCCCUGUGUACUGA